AUGGUUCUGGGUACUCCAGACGCAACAUCUCUUAAACUGGACGAGAAAAAGGUCACGUUUCUGGAGGAUGUCAGUAGCGACUCUUCGCUUGCCAAACUGAAAAACGAGCCUGUUGGUCUGGUCAAUUUGGGCAAUACCUGUUACUUGAACAGCUCGUUACAGGCGCUUCUUGGAGUUGGUGAGCUGAGAAAGGAGCUUGAGAAUUACCAACCGUCAGGUUCGAGCAGCGGCAAUUUCAUUCUGUUUUUGAAGCAACUUUUUGAGAAGCUUUCAGCCAAAGAGGACAAGGUUGUGCCCUUGAAUUUUCUGACUAGCUUGAGGUUGCAGUUUCCCCAGUUCAGCGAGAGAUCCGAGCACGGUCAAUAUAAGCAACAGGAUGCCGAGGAGGCAUUCUCGCUGAUUCUCAACGAUGUUUUGAGACAGUUUGGGUCUUUGGAGAAUUUCUUGAAGAUCGGUUUGGCUGUUUCGACCAAGUGCCUCGAAACAGAGGAGGAGCCAGUGACCUCGUUUGAAGAAUCGUUGAAGUUGGAUUGUCAUAUCAACAUCAAGACCAACUUUUUGAAAGAUGGUUUGGUGAACAAUCUAAAAGAAACCAUUCAAAAAAAUAACGAUUCACUUGGAAGAGAUGCUCAAUACGAGAUCUCCAGGAAAAUCGUCAGGCUGCCAAAGUAUCUCACAGUCCAUUUCAUGAGGUUCUUCUGGAGAAGGGACACCAACAAGAAAUCCAAAAUUCUUAGAAAAGUUCAAUUCCCCUUCCAACUAGAUCUCACCGAUUUGCUAGACGAUUCGGUAAGAGAGAGCAAGUCGGUCAUCAGGGACAAGAUUUACAAGAUCGAGAAGGACAACGAGGAGGAAGCCCGUGACUUCAAGAAGGCCAAGAAAUCGCAGAGCGAUAUCACGCUUUCCGCAAGAGAAAAGGAGCAGAAACAGAAGGAGGACUUGGAGAAGCUCCAGUCCAAAUGGACCAAAAGUUACGAAAGCGCGUUUCCCGAGGACUUUGACCCAGCUAGUGGUGAAAACCCAAGCUCUUUGUACGAGCUUCAAAGUAUCAUCACUCACCAAGGCUCGUCUGCUGACUCCGGUCACUACCAAUGUUUCGUCAAGGAUGAGCUUGACCCAACGGGCGAGAGAUGGUACAAGUUCAACGAUGCCAUCGUCACCGUCGUCAGCAGGGACAAAGUAGAGCAACUUGCCGGUGGAGGAGAGUCUGAUAGUGCGCUUAUUUGUCUCUACAAGGCGGUGGGGUUAAAAUAA